CGCCCCUCCGCGGCUGGUCAGAGGUCUGGGUGUCGUCCCCCUCCCCGCAACUUAACGCGGUCCGGGUUCCCAGUCCCACCUAACGCGGUCCUGGGUUCCCGGCCCGCAGCCGACUGCCAGCGGCUUGGUGCCGCCGAGGAUCGGGAGCGCGCGAGCUCGUACCCACCGCUGCGAGGAGGGUUUCCCCAGACCGAGGCGCGGAAACGGGGUGCUCCGGCCUCCCGCCCGCUCUCCGCCUGAUCUUCGCGGUCGCAGACGCUGUGCGCCCUGCGCGAUGGGUGCCAACGAGGACCAGGAGAUGGAACUAGAAGCUUUACGUUCUAUUUAUGAAGGAGAUGAAAGCUUCCGGGAAUUAAGUCCGGUUUCGUUUCAAUACAGGAUAGGUGAAGAUGGUGAUCCCAAAGCCUUCCUAAUAGAGAUUUCCUGGACAGAGACCUAUCCCCAAACGCCUCCGGUUAUAUCUAUGAACGCGUUUUUCAACAACACCAUCUCCUCGGCUGUGAAGCAGAGCAUCUUAGCCAAACUACAGGAAGCGGUAGAAGUGAACCUUGGCACUGCCAUGACCUACACGUUGUUCGAGUAUGCUAAGGACAAUAAAGAGCAGUUCAUGGAGAACCACCGUCCCGGGAAUUCUACGCCAACACCCAUAGCCAAUAUCAUCUCGGUUGAAGCUCCCAGCACAGCCCCAUCAAGUAAGAAAAAAGACAAGAAAGAACAACUUUCCAAAGCUCAGAAACGCAAGCUGGCAGAUAAGACAGAUCACAAAGGGGAGCUCCCUCGAGGCUGGAACUGGAUUGACGUCCUGAAGGUACAGCUUACUUACUUUCCAGUCUUCAAAGUUGUUACAGUUAUUGCCAUCAAAUAAUGAGAUGUCUGUUUUCCAUUUCCUUCCUGCCUCCUUUGGGAUCUCGUGGAUAUCUGUUUACAUUUUUGGACUCAGCAUUUAAGCAAAACUGGCUCUAAAGACGAUGAGUAGCCCCUGCAGAAGAAGCAAGAGCAUCUCUGCAAGGCAGCCCGGAUCAACAUGUCUCCCUACCUUUUCUGGCACCGAGUGGCUUUUUACAAGACAUAGCUCUUUUGUAUGUGUCUUUAAAAAUAGAAGUGGACAGUCCACGAAGAGAUCUGGUUGUAGUAAAUUAUUUUCACAAGCUCGCCUUAGUGAAAGGCGAGAGUGUGGCCGUUGGGAGCAUCGUCGGCAGUGGAUGGCCCUGAGGGGUGAGUCAGUGGUGCCCAGGAUAGCAUCGCUGGUAUUCCAUGGCAUGACCAUAGCAACAGGAGUCUCCCCGUAAGUCGCCAUCUCCUUCUGCUUGGAUAACCAAGAGAAAGCUGCUACAGAGCAAUCUCAGUACUGGUGCUGAGGGUUCUGAUUCUUUCUGUAGUUCCUCAUUCGUCAGCAGUCAAUUGCUUCCCCUUAAUAAACUGAUAUCUAGUUCUACUUUUCUCUUAGCUUGGGUGAAGGUGUUUGAUCAUGAGAUCUUCCAAUUCUAUGGAUAAUAGAAACAAUAUAAGAAGAAAACUGAGAGCCUGGGAAAGAGCUCAGUCAAUAAAGGGCUUGCCGUGCAUGCCCCAGCAGCCACGGAGAAAGCCGGGCAUGCGCCUGAAACCCAGUGCUGGGCGGGCAGGGACGAGAGGAUCCCUGGUGCUUGCUGGUCAGCCAGUCUGGGGGAAUCCCUGAACUCCCAGUUCAGUGAAAGAUGCUAUCUCAAAUAAAUAAGGUAGAGAGCAAUACAGGAAGAAGACACAUAACAGAUCUCGGGUCUCAACAGGCAACACACACAAAUAUAUAGAUAUAUCAUACAACAAGCAAAACAAAAACAACAGGUUUGCCAAAUACUUCAGAAAGCAUUUGGAUAAGUGCUAGCUCUUGUUUCAAAUACUUCUCUUUGCUGCAUAUGCCAGGAUGAGUAUAAGAUGCCUUAAUAUUUAAUUUUUGUAUUGUUGGAGACAGUGGUUUUAAUAAAUUCCUAUUAUCUGCUAUUGUGAUGUUUUGUUGGUAACUAAGGUCUUUCAGUAGAUUCAGCAUAAAACACAUUUUCAAUCCUGGGCAUACUGCUUGAUUGUUGUGGGGGCUCUGCUUUUCGGUGGGUUUUUUAUUUGUUUGUUUUUAUAGUGUCUUUUCAAAUAUCCAGAUGUGUUUGUUCCCCAGCCUCUGUGUCUUUUUAAUAAUAGACACACAAGUCUUUCACAUGCUGAACUGUUAUUGGACUUGCUUGGUUCUUAAAGUCAUUAGGAAAGGAAACCUGCAGUAGUUUUACCUGGAGACUCUGUGUAUGUGUGUGUGUGUUUGUGUGUGUAUGCAUGUGUUGCGGUGACUGUGUGUGCUUCAACGUUGUCAGAAUGCCAAGUUGUAGUGAAGCCGACAGUUAACUUUUAAAGAAGUUACCACAGCAUGAGAGCAGCCUAAGAGGUGUCCGUGGGUUUCCCAGAGUUACCCUUGGCUUCAGAUAAACCGCGUGAGCUGGAAUAAGUGUGCUUACACUGAAAGAGUCCGCUCGCACUUGAAAGAGCUGAUUCCCGUGUGGCUUCAUGGGUUAGCAUUGACAUUGAAGACACCCAGACUAUGACAUCUUUUAUUUUCAAGGUUUUGUUUGUGUAGUUUUUAUUGUCAUCUUAAUUCUUUUCUUUUUUUUUUUUAAGAAACAUCUUGUAAUGGAAAAAAAGUGUUUCGUUCUGUUUUAAAGCUAUUACACUGGUCAAAGUUAUUGUGGGUCUGAGAUCGCAAAGAAUAAUGCUAGUAAAAUGCAAAUGAACUAUUUUUACUCUUUUUCUAUGAAUUGUACAAAUCUCUGGGGCAGCUGGUGGCAGCGGUGCCUCCUGUUACCUGUGUGGACACUUGAACUCUUCCGUCAAUGCUGCUGUCCCCGGAUAUGCCCCCAGUAUAUUUUCUCAGAGUCUAUUUCCUUAAGACUGUAUGGAUAACAUGCCUGAGAAGCAAUAAAGUCGGAAUCA